AUUUAAAUUAUUAUUGACGAAUAACAAAAUAAAACUGAAAAAAAUAAGGAAACUUUACAAUUAAACAAAAAACGUCGAAUUCUUAUAUCGAUAGAAAAUCGAUGUUUAAUCGAAUUCAUCAUGGAAAAUUCAAAAAUGACAAACAACAUUCACUUCGGUUUCAUUUUAAAUUUUCAACUUCACUAUUAGUUAGAUUUGCGUUUUGCGAGCGUGACGUGGGAAGAUCGGAGGAUGUUGAAAAUCGGCCGGUUCUCCGUCAAGUCGUGGUUCGAGACGGUCCAACCCUGAGCGAAACUCGUCUCCCGCCUGGGAAAAUGUCACUCCCGGGUAAGGCCGGCCUAUUCUGCCUCGCGUCGCUCUGCUCCUGGCUCUGGUACCAGCUCUACCAAUUCUACAGAUUCAAGCACAAAUACGGUGGUGAAUUCACGACCAGGAUCGUCGCUGGCAUCCACGGUGUGGCAUGCAUAAUCCUCUCCUGCCUAGCUCUAAUAUACGGACCGGAUCCUCUCGAUGGCAUCGGUGAGCCAAACACUUUCCUCCAGAGCCUAACAAUGGUAAUAAGCCUAGGCUUUUUUGUAUAUGAUUUUGUCUGGUGUGUGAAAUACCAGCCGGAAAUAAAAAUUAUACUUGCACACCACUUUGGGGGUAUCGUGUCCUUGACUUUUAUACUCUGCUGUGGUUUUUCAGGCGCGGAAGCAAUAGCAGGCCUCGGAAGUAUGGAGUUUACGAACCCAAUGGUGCAAGCGCGAUGGUUUCUGAGAACAUUCGAGAAAAAAGACACAAUACUCUAUCAAGUCGUCGAGUACUGUUUUUUGGUUUCGUUCCUAACGGUUCGCCUUGGAUACGGCAGUUGCCUUUUCUUUGCGAUAAUGACAUCGGAAAAGACAUUAUUUAUGGUCAAGUGUUGCUCACUGAUUAUGUGCGGAGUAUCUAUAGCUCUUAUCUACAACAUACUCCAGUUCAUCUCUAAGAAAAUCAACGACCGGAACUUAGAGGAUGACGACAUCAAACUUUGCUGAGGGUUUGCGUUUUGCGAGCGUGACGUGCGAAGAUCGGAGGAUGUUGAAAAUCGGCCGGUUCUCCGUCAAGUCGUUCGUCGAGACGGUCCAACCCUGAGCGAAACUCGUCUCCCGCCUGGGAAAAUGUCACUCGCGGCGAAGGUCGGCGUCCUCGGCCUCGCGUCGCUCUGCUCCUGGCUCUGGUACAAGCUCUACCAAUUCUACAGGGUCAAGUACGAAUUCGGUGGCGAGUUCACGACCAGGAUCAUAGCUGCCAUCCACGGUUUAAUAUGCAUAAUCCUCGCCUAUCUCUCUCUAAGAUUCGGACCGGAUCCUCUCUCCGAGCCCGGUGAGCCAAACACUCUCCUCCAUUACAUAACAAUGGUAAUAAGCCUAGGCUAUUUUAUAUAUGAUUUUGUCUGGUGUCUGAAAUACCAGCCGGAAGUAAAAAUUAUACUCGCUCACCACUUUGGGAGUAUCCUGUCUCUGACUUUUAUACUCUGCUGUGGUUUUUCAGGCGCGGAAGCCAUAGGAGGCCUCGGAAGUAUGGAGUUGACGAACCCACUGCUGCAAGCGCGAUGGUUUCUGAGAACAUUCGAGAAAAGAGACACAGUACUCUAUCAAAUCAUCGAGUACAGUUUUUUUGCUUUGUUCCUAACGGUUCGCCUCGGAUAUGGCAGUUACCUUCUCUUUGCGAUAAUAACGUCGGAAAAGACAUUAUUUAUGGUCAAGUCUUGCACACUGAUUAUGUACGUAAUAUCUUUAGCUCUUAUCUACAACAUAGUCGAGUUCAUCAAGAAGAAAAUCAAUGACCGUAGCACAGUGGAUGACGACGUCAAGCUUAGCUGAGUUUAUUUUUGGCCAAAUGCUGGAGGCUUUUGAUAUUUUACAAUUUGUAAAACUGCCACCGGGAAAAUCGGUCCCACCGAUUGUUAACAAAAGCCAUUUUGCUGACAUAAACAGUUAAUAUGUGAUCACAUUUUAUAUUUACUUAAUUAAUAGUAUUCUAACAUGAAAACUUGAAUUGAUUAAUACCUAAACGUGAGAAAAUAAAAUUAUUUUUUAAGACCUU